AUGAGCUGCUCUUUGGUUGAGAAUUUGGUGGUGGAUUGUGCUGUCAUAGUGGCAGGAAAACCACCACCUGGCUUACACUUGGAUGUAGUCAAAGGAGACAAACUCAUAGAGAAACUCAUCAUUGAUGAGAAGAAAUACUAUCUCUUUGGGAGAAAUCCUGAUCUGUGUGAUUUUACCAUCGACCACCAGUCUUGCUCUCGGGUCCAUGCUGCCUUGGUCUAUCACAAACACCUCAAGAGGGUUUUCCUCAUAGAUCUAAACAGCACACAUGGCACAUUCUUGGGUCAUAUCCGUUUGGAACCUCACAAACCCCAGCAGAUACCCAUCGAUUCCACGGUUUCAUUUGGCGCUUCUACACGGGCUUACACUCUGCGGGAGAAGCCCCAGACCCUGCCAUCAGCAGUGAAAGGGGAUGAGAAAAUGAGUGGUGAAGAUGAGGAACUCAAGGGCUUGCUAGGCCUACCCGAGGAGGAAACAGAACUUGAUAACCUGACAGAGUUUAAUACAGCCCACAACAAAAGAAUUUCCACACUAACCAUUGAGGAAGGGAAUUUGGAUAUCCAAAGGUCAAAGAGAAAACGGAAGAACUCCAGAGUGACGUUCAGUGAUGAUGAUGAAAUCAUCAAUCCAGAGGAUGUGGACCCUUCUGUUGGGCGGUUCAGGAACAUGGUACAGACAGCAGUAGUCCCUGUUAAGAAAAAACGGCUGGAGAACCCGGGCUCGUUGACCACGGAUGAUUCCGCAUCACGUAUGCAAAACUUUCCCGACAGUGGGGGAUUGUAUGGUGGGUUACCCCCAACGCACAAUGAGGCGGGUUCCCAGUCGCACGGCAUCCAUGGGACAGCGCUCAUUGGUGGUCUGCCCAUGCCCUACCCCAAUCUUGCCCCAGAUGUGGACUUGGCUCCUGUUGUGCCCUCAACAGUUAACAUGAACCCAGCUCCAAACCCUGCUGUCUUUAAUCCUGAAGCUGUGAAUGAACCCAAGAAGAAGAAAUACGCGAAGGAGGCGUGGCCGGGCAAGAAGCCGACCCCUUCCCUGCUGAUCUGAGUUUUGUUGAAGGAGGAUGGGAGUUAAGAACUUCAGAACUGUUCAUGUGCAGUAUUGUCUUUUUAAAAUUUCAGUGUCCUAACCAGAUGUAAUACCAAGACUGGAGAAGUGAAGUAUCCUUUAAAGAUCUGUCUGGAAAUGUUUUUAUAUGUCUGUUAAAAAAGAAAAAAUACAGCUCCCAUCUCCUUUU